AAAAAAAAGAUAUAUUUUAUUAAAACAGAAAAACAAAAAAAAAAUAUAUAUUUUUUAUGGCCACGAAAACUAUGGCAGAAUUACUAAAGCGUGUGCCACCAAAUCAAAUGAAACAGUUCGAAGCAUUUCGCGCAAAAACGUUAGAAUAUAACAAUAGAGUUAAUCAAUAUCCCGACAAGUUACCCACUAUUGAUUGGGAAUACUAUCGCAAUAACGUUCAAGAAGGUAAAAUCAAAAUGGUAGAACAAUUUCAAAUUAAAUACGAAGAACUUAAACAUGUUUUCUCUUCGCGACACAAAGUCCUGGAUCAUGCCAAAUACUAUGUGGAGUUAAAGAAAUUAACGGCUCAUGUUCAGGAAGAGGUAAACAAAUUUAUUGAGGACUCAAUAAAUCGUAUAAGAAUAUAUGAAGAUGAAAUGAGACGUAUUAAGGCUUUACGAUAUGAAAAUAUGACACUAGAACAAUUUAUUGAGGAACGUGAAGAUAUUGCAAAAUUUAUACCGGGACAAGGUAAAGCUCUAUUCUGGCCUCAUAACGCAGAAGAGCAACUUCAGGAAGCUAUGAAGUUGAAUGUAAAAGAUGGUGGUGAUAAAUCAAAAGAAAAUCCAGAAAUAUAAAAUAAUCUAGGUUGAUCGUUAGUUGUUGAUAUUGAUGCUAAAUACAUAUAUUUUUAUAUAAGCUAA